UUAGGAGUUUUAGGCCACCUUUUUUUCCUCUUCUCUUCUCUUCUUCCUUUUCAAACUGUUCCAACUCUAACCUAACUGUGUAACCACACUCUCCAACCCUCCCCAAUUCCUCUUUCUUUUAUAUUUCAAACAUCUUACUUCUAUCGUAUUUAUGUUGCUAUACAAAACCCCCCAACGUUCUUAAAAAACUUCACUUCAUACAAAACUUCUUUCCCUUUUCUUUUAUCUCCCCUUUUUCUGUUAGGGGAGAGGAUCUCCCCCCCAAUAUUUAGGUACCACAAGUAAAUUGUGCAGCUAAAAUACAGAGAGUGUAGAGCUUUUUUUUUUUUUUUUUUUUUUUUUAAUUUUCAUAAGAAUAAGAUCAUAUUAUUAUUAUUGUUAUCAAGGAAGGUGUUGAUUAUGGUGGAGAAUAUGUCACCUGCAAGAGAUACGGUUGCGUUUUUCAAUGAUAUGGAGCUUCAUGAUCGUCCACGCUCCUUUGCUGGUUUGUCUCCUACACUUGGCCAGCUUUUGAAACGAGUCGGCGACGUCCGUAGGGAGGCCAACGGAGACGGAAACGAGACUCCUGUUCAUCAAGUGUUGGACAUUAACGGCGCGAGCUUGGAGCCGAGGUCCUUGCCUUUCAUGCUCUCCUUCAACAAUCUCACAUACAGCGUCAAGGUUCGCCGUAAGAUCAGUUUCUCAUCGGUUUUUCACCAUCGGGGGAACAGACUCGGGGGUUCUCCGGUCGACGACACAGUUGUCGGCGACAGUUUGUUCACUAAAACAAAGACUCUGUUGAACAAUAUCUCCGGCGAGGCUCGAGAAGGCGAGAUUAUGGCCGUUCUGGGAGCGAGUGGUUCUGGGAAAUCGACGCUGAUUGAUGCACUGGCUAAUAGAAUUGCCAAAGGAAGCUUGAAAGGAACGGUGACGUUAAACGGUGAGGUGUUGGAAUCCAGGUUGUUGAAGGUCAUCUCUGCUUAUGUAAUGCAAGAUGAUCUGCUUUUCCCGAUGCUCACGGUGGAAGAAACUCUGAUGUUUUCUGCCGAGUUUCGAUUGCCUCGAACGCUCUCCAAAUCGAAGAAGAAACUGAGAGUUCAAGCGUUGAUUGAUCAGUUGGGGCUUCGGAACGCGGCGAAGACUGUUAUUGGAGACGAAGGACACCGCGGGGUCUCUGGGGGAGAGCGGCGACGAGUCUCGAUCGGAAUCGACAUUAUUCACGAUCCGAUCAUUCUCUUCCUUGAUGAGCCAACAUCAGGACUGGAUUCAACUAGUGCGUUCAUGGUGGUGAAAGUUCUGCAGAGGAUUGCUCAGAGCGGAAGCAUCGUCGUUAUGUCUGUACACCAGCCGAGUUAUCGGAUUCUCGGAUUGUUAGAUCGUCUAUUGUUCCUCUCUCGAGGACAGACCGUUUACAGUGGCUCUCCGGCGAAUCUUCCUCUGUAUUUUUCAGAGUUCGGUCAUCCGAUACCGGAAAACGAGAACCGGACUGAGUUCGCGCUCGAUCGGAUUCGAGAACUCGAAGGCUCACCAGGAGGGACUAAAAGCUUGGUUGAAUUUCACAAAUCAUGGCAGAGCAUGAAGAACAUUCCAAAAUCAGAGUCGGAUCACCAGAACAUGUCAUUAAAAGAAGCAAUAAGCGCAAGUAUUUCAAGAGGCAAAUUAGUUUCCGGCGCAACAAACAACGACGCAAGCCCCAACUCCAUGGUUCCGACCUUCGCAAAUCCAUUUUGGAUAGAAAUGGCGGUUCUAUCAAAACGAUCAAUUCUAAACUCCCGCCGAAUGCCAGAGCUCUUCGGAAUCCGACUCGGCGCCGUUCUCGUCACCGGAUUCAUCCUCGCUACAAUGUUUUGGCAACUCGAUAACUCACCCAAAGGAGUUCAAGAACGCCUAGGGUUCUUCGCUUUCGCCAUGUCCACAACCUUCUACACCUGCGCCGAUGCUCUGCCAGUAUUUCUACAAGAACGAUACAUUUUCAUGAGAGAAACAGCUUACAACGCAUAUCGAAGAUCCUCCUAUGUUCUCUCCCACUCUCUCGUAGCCUUACCAGCGCUAAUCUUCCUCUCCUUAGCCUUCGCCGCAACAACAUUUUGGGCCGUCGGACUGGACGGCGGAAUUUCAGGCUUCUUAUUCUACUUCCUGAUAAUUUUGGCAGCAUUCUGGGCAGGAAGUUCAUUCGUAACGUUCCUUUCGGGAGUAGUACCUCACGUAAUGCUUGGAUACACCAUCGUGGUAGCAAUUUUAGCAUAUUUCCUUCUGUUCAGCGGAUUCUUCAUCACACGGGAUCGAAUUCCAGGCUACUGGAUCUGGUUCCAUUACGUAUCGUUAGUGAAAUAUCCAUACGAAGCAGUAUUGCAAAACGAAUUUGAGAAUCCGACGAAAUGCUUUGUGAGAGGAGUUCAGAUAUUCGACAACACACCGCUGGGAAUGGUGCCGGGGGCGAUGAAAUUGAAGCUUCUGGAGAAUCUGAGCAAGACAUUGGGGAUGAGGAUUACGCAAUCGACAUGCUUAACGACGGGAGCUGAUAUUUUGGUACAACAAGGGGUGAUGGAUUUGAGUAAAUGGAACUGUUUGCUGGUGACGGUUGCUUGGGGGUUUUUGUUUAGGAUUCUCUUCUACUUUUCGCUUCUCAUUGGAAGUAAGAACAAGCGAAGAUGAAUUCACCAUUCACCAUUCACCAUUCUCCAUUCUCCA